CGUGGUGACGAAGGUGGUUGCCAUGGAGCUGCUCUACGUAUCACUGAGCUUGUGGGACGCCGAGGCUGGAGGGGAAGCGACUGCUGGGGGUAUUUCCAUUUUAACAGGGAGCAAACAAUCCCUGAACCCAAAGGAAUGAAUCUCUAAUGGUGGAGUUUCAGGCAUCAGUGACAGGCUGAACCUCCGACUCCCAGGGCCAUGCUUGCACCUGACGAAUGAUGGCCUGAACUAUGAGCAAACGGGACUCCAUGGACACGGCGGUGCAGGAGCCCCCUCUCGACUACUCCUUCAGAAGCAUCCACGUCAUCCAAGAUAUGAUAAAUGAGGAACCAAGGACAGGGCUGCGGCCACUGAGGCACUCCAAGUCGGGGAAGUCAGUGACCCAGUCUCUGUGGCUCAACAACAACGUCCUCAACGACCUGCGAGACUUCAGCCAGGUGGUUUCCCAGCUGCUGGAGUACCCCGAGAACCUGGCCUGGAUCGACCUGUCCUUCAAUGACCUGACUUCCAUCGACCCUGUCCUAACGACUUUCUUCAACCUGAGCGUCCUCUACCUUCAUGGCAACAGCAUCCAGCGCCUAGGGGAGGUGAACAAGCUGGCGGUCCUUCCUCGACUCCGGAGCCUGACACUCCAUGGGAACCCCAUAGAGGAGGAGAAGGGGUACAGAAAAAGGAACACCUGAGCCCUUGCUGCCCAAUUUCCUGCAAGACCUGACGUCCUCAACUUCCAGCGGCCUUCUCGGACCCCAGACCAGGCGUGACCUCCCUUCUCUAAACCCGGGGACUAAGAGCAUACACAAAUUCCCGACUCAUCUCGGGACAGCUUAAGUCGGAGCCUCAGCCUACCCACCGCUACAGUGGAUUCACACCCCGUUAACAUUAGCACAGAGAAGGCGCAGGAAGCUCGGGAGAGAGUGCUUCCCAGGGACCUGGGCUGAAGACGCGUGAAAGUGUAAAGAUCUGAAGUAGAGGGACAUGGAAUGGGUGGGAGAGAGCUGGACAGACAGCUGCAUGCACACCCCCCAGAAGGGAACUGUGUAGGAGACCUAGGGCUUUAAGAAGGGUAGGAGUCCGGCUCGGCGUCCCCUCCGUAAUCUGUCCCCUCCAGGCCUCCGUACUCAGUGAGCCCUGCAGUCCGGCUCCCACUCCUCGGCAGAUUUCUUUCUGGGCCCCGUGCCCCAGGACCUCAGCCCUCUUUCCCGAGCCCCGCCUGCCGCGGCCGCACCUGG